AUGUCAGUGAAAUCAUGUUGUAUUUACAGCAUGGGAGUGAUUUCCAUGCUAACUUUGAUAGCGGGCAUAGUUCUGGUGCUUUCGCAGGUGUUUCAAAACAUCGUCGACGCGAAGAUAAAAGAGGUAACGUUAACGCUAGCCAGUGGCAAGCUAGCUAGCAGGCCAACUUGGUUGUUCAACCAACCAGCCAAACAGAGGCUAAUUGUAUUUGAAUUUGAUUUUAACGUCAAGUAAUCUAAUCUAACUAGAGAACUAGUUAGAAUGCAGCUAACAGUAGCCUGGCAGCUUAAGCUUGCUAACUAGCUAGCUCGUUGUAGCCUACAAACGUUUAAAAUACUUCGUGUACAGUAAGCUUAGCCUGAUUUGUUUUUUAACAUCACUGUGAAAACUUGACAAACUAUUCUUGUCUGAAUUGAAUGUUAGCAUUGACAUAUAUAUCCAGUCAAUAUGCUGUGUUGUGGUCAGACGGACAAACAAAUGCUUUAGUUGGCUGCUACUGUUCACGUUAGCUACCUGGUUCAAUCAUCUGUCGUGCGAAUCGAGCUUUCAUAUCAGCUUUUGUGGUCACAAGCUAUGUGUUUACUAACCAGUGUACGUUGAACCCUAGGAGACUGUGCUCAGGAAUGGCACGCUGGCAUUUGACGUGUGGGAAAACCCACCUUCUCCAGUUUACAUGCAGUUCUACUUCUUCAACGUGACCAACCCGGCAGAGGUGCUGAGGGGAGAGCGGCCUGCUGUUAUGGAGGUUGGACCCUACACAUACAGGUGAGAUGUGGAGCAAUUCAUGACGAUGAGUAAAACUGUCACGGGCUAAAGAUGAGAUGCAGUCUUGAGUAAAGAUGACCGCAACUGAGCCAAUUUCUAAUAUCUGUUGUGACAUUUGUCAUGUGAUAGUCAUUGUCAGCAAGUAGGAAGGAACUCAGCUGACAUUUACACAACUGGUGACAUGUCCUGUGCUUCCUUAACAGGAUCAGGGGAUUCUGUGCUAAAUGUGUAACUCUGUGAAUGAACCCAGCUUAGGAUAGGAGGCUUGUUGGGUUCUCUCUUGGCAGCAUGAAACCAAGCCCCGAUGAGAUGUUUAUCACUGAGGCGAUCAAGUCAGCAGUAGGACCUAGGUCUCCAUGGCUGCGCUUACACAGGCAGCCUAAUUAUUAUCUAUUGCCCAAUUAUUUGUCAUUUGAGCAGUCAGAUAAGAUCUUUUGCCAACAAUUGGGCAAAAGUUCAGAAUUGGGCGGCCUGUGUAAACGCAGCCAUUGGGGCAGCAUGAACGCUUUAGUUCUAGGUAUUAUACAAGCAUUGACUGGUGGGCUUGCUCCCAUCCACUCGCCUCAAAAUGAACAUUUUUGGCUAGCUUGCAUGUUUCCAUAGCUUGGGUAACACUCUGUUUGUGCCAUCAUGCCAGUCCUUGUCUGGCAUGAUAACACAAACAGAUCUAGGACCAUCAGGCUAAUGUUUCCACGCACCUUAUCUGGCUUGCCCUCACCAGAUGUCUCCUUUUCUUCAGCACAUUCUUCUUGGUUCUUGCCAUCACUCACUGUGUUUUUAUAAUGUUUCCUUGCUCAGGGAGUUUCGUCCGAUGGAGCGAGUUAAUUUCCUGGAGAAUGGAACCAAAGUGUCUGCUGUCAACACUAAGACCUAUGUGUUUGAGCCUGACAUGUCCAGAGGUCCAGAGAGUGACCUGAUCAGAACAGUCAACAUCCCAGCUAUGGUAGGGUACAACACACACCCCCCUAAACAGAACAGUCAACAUCCUAGCUGUGGUAGGCUUAGCUACAAUACAUAAAACUGCCUCUUUUUUGUGUAUGAAACAUAAAAACGUGUUCUGAUUGAAGAGAGUUGUAGCAGAGGCACCGCGACUUCCAUUUACAGAGUACAGUAUAUACAUCAACGUUUCAAUUUACAUUAGCAACGGAAUGUCAUGUGCUGAGAGAGGGUUCGGGGGCUCAGGUCAAAUUGACGGUAAAUAUUCCAGUAUAGCCACUAGCCAGUAAAGGGAUGUACAACGUCUACACCAACGGAUCUGACGGACCUUUGUUUGCGUCGCUCUCUUAAGUAGUUCUACAUACUUUUGUGCGACCUAAUUUUUGGAGCAUGAUGCGAAGGGAGCUCCAUUUGCGUUGACUGUAAAAAAUCACAAUGGAGAGCCCUUAAGCAUGCUUUUAACAAACUAUUCAACUAUGGAAGCAACUUUUCAUCCUAACCAUAUUACACUCUUGAAUAAUGCAAGUGUAAUGCUACCCAGGGAAAAAUAAUUGCAGAACGAGCUCUAUUUUGUUGGCUUCUGGUACAUUCUAAUGCCUUGAUUCCAUCUGAAAUACACAGCUAAAUGAUUCUAUACUUUAAUGACUUUACUUCCCAGAUUGGUCAAAUUUAGUUGUGGGAUUGAGUAGAAAGACAUGACUUUACAAUGACAUUGACUGAAAAUGUAGGAAUUCAGUGUGUUGUUUUGGAUAUUAUCUAGGCCUACAUGAUCUGGACUGUUUUUUUAAGUAAGAACCUUUUUUUUAUAUAUUUUUUUUGUUAUUUUACCCCCUUUUUCUCCCCAAUUACGGUCUUGUCUCAUCACUGCAACUCCCCAAUGGGCUUGGGAGAGGCGAAGGUCGAGUCAUGCGUCCUCCGAAACAUGACCCGCCAAACCGUGCUUCUUAACACCCGCUCGCUUAACCCUGAAACCAUUGGAUGGGGAGCAUCGCUGCACAGCUAUUUCCAGGUCUCUCCAGAGAUGUUCAAUCGUUUUCAAGUCCGGGCUCUGGCUGGGCUACUCAAGGACAUUCAAAGACUUGUCCCAAAGCCACUCCUGCGUUGUCUUGGCUGUGUGCUUAGGGUCGUUGUCCUGUUGGAAGGUGAACUUUUGCCCCAGUCUGAGGUCCUGAGCACUCUGGAGCAGGUUUUCAUCAAGGAUCUCUCUGUACUUUGCUCCGUUCAUCUUUGCCUCGAUCCUGACUUUUUAAAUUAGCAAAAUAAAUCUUAAAACCUGUUUUCGCUUUGUCAUUAUGGGGUAUUAUGACGUAUUCUAGAAAACAAACAAAAAAACAAAUCCAUUUUAGAAUAAGGCUGUAACUGAACAAAGUGUGGAAAAAGUCAAGGGGUCUGAAUACAUUCCGAAGGCACUGUGUGUGUGUGUAUAUGUGUAUGUAUAUAUAUAUAUAUAUAUAUAUAUAUAACAAAAAAUAUAAAUGCAACAAUUUCCACCCACCCAAUCACAAUGAGUUUCUCCCCACAAAAGGGCUUUAUUACAGACCGAAAAUACUCCUCAGUUUCAUCAGCUGUCCGGGUGGCUGGUCUCAGACAAUCCCGCAGGUGAAAAAGCCAGAUGUGGAGGUCCUGGGCUGGCAUGGUUACACAUGGUCUACGGAUGUGAGGCCGGUUGGACAUACUGCCAAAUUCUCUAAAACGAAAUUGGAAGCGGCUUAUGAACAUUACAUUCUCCUGCAACAGCUCUGGUCGACAUUCCUGCAGUCAGCAUGCAAACUGCACGCUCCCUCAAAACUUGAGGCGUCUGUGGCAUUGUGUUGUGUGAUAAAACUGUACAUUUUAGUGGCCUUUUAUUGUCCCCAGCACAAAGUGCACCUGUGUAAUGAUUGUGCUGUUUAAUCAGCUUUUUGAUAUGCCACACCUGUCAGGUGGAUGGAUUAUCUUGGCAAAGGAGAAAUGCUCACUAACAGGGAUGUAAACACAUUUGUGCACAACAUUUGAGAGAAGCUUUUUGUGCAUAUGGAACAUUUCUGGGAUUUUUAAUUUCAGCUCAUGAAACAUGGGACCAACACUUUACAUGUUGCAUUUUUAUAUUUUUGUUCAGUAUAUAUUUAUAAUAAAGAAAACACACUAAAUAAGACGGGAAGCUAUAUUCAGGGUCACUGCCAAUACCACAUUUACAGUGUGCAGGGAUACUGGAGUGUUUGAGGUAGAUAUGUACAUAUAGGCAGGUAUUAGGAGAUGGUGAUUGGUAGCAGCACAAGAGGUGUGUGUGCAGUGUAGGUGUUAUAGGCGGAUAUACAUGUAAACAGUGCUGGUAUGUGUCUGGUAGCAGGAAUAUAUAAAUACUUACGGUAAUAUACUAAUGGUAAUAUAUACAUGUAAUCGAGACCAGUAACAGGAUUAAAUAGAUGGGUACUAAUGGUAAUGGCAAACAAUAAUAAAUGAACAGCAGCGUAGGUGUUAGGGGGUGCAGUUGUUAGACAUUUAACAGACUUAUGGCCAGGGAAUAAAAGCUGUUUAGGAGUCCGUUGGUCUGUGCCUUGCUGCACCGGUACCAUCUGCUGGACGGGAGCAUGGAGAACAGUCCAUUUCUCGGGUGUCUGGAGUAUUUGGCAAUUUUUCAGGCCUUUAUCAGACACCGCUUGGCAUGUACAUCCUGGAUGGCUGGGAGCUCUUCCCCCAUUGAUGCGCUGGGCCGUCCGCACCACCUUCUGUAGGGCCUUCCGGUCGAGGGCGGUGCAGUUGCCAUACCAGACGGUGAUACAACUAGGGGGGGGGGGGGGGUGUCAGCAUGGCGUAGGUGUUGUUGCCUACUCUUACCACCGAGGGUCGGUCCGUCAGGAAGUCCAGGAUCCAGUGGCAGAGGGUGGUGUUCUGUCCCAGGGUCCCGAGCUUGGAAGGCGCUAUGGUGUUGAAUGCUGAGCGGUAGUCAAUGAACGUCAUCCUCACAUAGGUAUUCAUUUUUUUCUAGGUGGGGCAGAGUGGAGUGCAAUUGAGAUUUGCGUCGUCUGUGGAUCUGUUGGGGCGUUAUGCAAAUUCACGCCCUGGAAUACCGUCCAGACCAAUCAAUCAAUCCCUGGGUGGGACUUUGAGGGAAGGCGGUAGAUUACUAAUCUGGUCAGAAAAACGAGUCUAGUCUAAUCUUUCAAUUUAAUUUAUUCUGGCAAAAACUAAAUAUAGUAUUUUCAAUUUAGUUUAUUGUAGCAAAAACCUAAGAAAAAAAGCUUGUGUUCUGUCAAGUAAACAUGGAUUCCCUGUGAGAAACAAUAUAGAAUUGCAGGAAAAUGUUUUUUUUUUUUAAUUCAGGGGAUAAUUUUGUUCAGUGCAAGUAUCAUGACAUUUUUUAGCUUUUUAUAAAAUUCAAUCGGUUUUCAUUGAUCACAUUAUGGACCAGAAUGAGUCUCUCUCUCCACUACCUAUUGUUCCUGCAGUAAGGAUUCAAAAUCUUCAUAGAAUGUUUUCAUCAUUUAUUUGCAUAUAAUCCACAAAAAAGCAGUUGUAGCCUACCAGUAUGCAAAUUGGGGAGCCGAAUGAAUGGCCCUCUCACCGAUUCGGUUCCGUUCGCCUAACCGAUCCUUUCAAAAAGAGCCGUUUGUUUGCGAACAACCAAUCACUAGGCUAACACUGAAGAGUGACUUUAGCGGUCACUGUCAAGUCUCGACAUGGGCUUUGAAUCCUAGGAAAAAUACAAACUAUCUUUGGUUUACGUGUCCUGGUUACGAUACCAUGGAUUGAUUGUACAAAACAUUAGGAGCACCUCCCUAAUAUUGAGUUGCACUCCCUUCUGCCCUCAGAACAGCCUCAAUUCGUCAGUGCAUGGAGUGUUGGGCCCAACGAGACAAUUCUGUUUACACGGUCCUGCUUGGAGGGGGACAACUGUCGGGAGACUGUCUUGUUACCUCAGGCGGUAGUGGUCGUGACAUGAGACAUUUUCGGCUUUGCGUUACAGUAAUAUGUCUAUUCUCUGGGGAAAAAAUGUGAUGGCUCUCAAGAAUAUCCUUCAACUUUCGUCCAUGUAGGGCUCGGCGAUAAGGCUCAAAUAUAAUAUCACGGUAUUUACAAAAAAAUUGAUGGUAUUUGACGGUAUUUUAUGUUUUUUGAAUAAUACAAGUAAAAAAUGUGCUUUAUGAGUAGUGCGUGACCCUAGGGUGGCAACACAUACAUUCUAUGUGAUUUCAAUGGGUCCUUCUCCAUUCUGAUGUUGUUUUAUACUGUUCAAUUAAAAUGUUCAUCAAUUUCUGCAUUUCCUGCACUCAUUUCAGAUCAUUUCCAGACUGCCACGUAGGACUGCACGAUAUAUAGGCCUUAUUUUUAACCAAAUGUUGCGAUUUAGAGCAUAACACUUGGGUGAACUGGGUGGCGCAGUGGUCUAAGGCACUGCAUCGCAGUGCUAGCUGUGCCACUAGAGAUCCUAGUUCGAAUCCAGGCUCUGUCGUAGCCGGCCGCGACCGGGAGACCCAUAGAGCGGCGCACAAUUGGCCCAGCGUCGUCCAGGGUAGGGAAUGGCCGGCAGGGAUGUAGCUCAGUUGGUAGAGCAUGGUUUUUGCAACGAUUCCCACGGGGGGCCAGUAUGAAAAGUCAAAAAAUAAUGUAUGCACUCACUAACUGUAAGUUGCUCUGGAUAAGAGCGUCUGCUAAAAUUACUAAAUAAAUAAUAAUAAAUAACUGUUGGAACCAUGGAAAUGUAAUUAUUAUUCUAAUUCUACAGUUAGAAUAUAAUAGUGGGCACUUUGGUAUUUUAUUAGGAUCCCCAUUAGCUGUUGCAAAAGCAGCAGCUACUCUUCCUGGGGUUCCACACAAAACAUGAAACAUGACAUAAUACAGAACAUUAAUAGACAAGAACAGCUCAAGGACAGGACUACAUCAAACCGUUUUUUUAAAGGAACACUUCAAAUCACAUUUGUUUUGUCACAUACACGUGUUUAUCAGAUGUUAUAGCGGGUGUAGCGAAAUGCUUGUGCUUCUAGCUCCGACAGUGCAGUAAUAUCUAACAAGUAGUAUCUAACAAUUUCACAACAUAUACCCAAUACACACACAACUAGUAAGGAAUGGAAUUUAAGAAUAUAUACAUAUGGACAAGCAAUGACAGAGCGGCAUGGACUAAGAUACAGUAGAAUAUUAUAGAAUAGAAUGCAGUAUAUACAUAUGAGAUGAGUAGUGCAAGAUAUGUAAACAUUAUUAAAGUGACUAGUGUUCCAUUUCUUAAAGUGGCCAGUGAUUUCAAUAGGCAGCAGCAGCUUCUAAUGUGCUAGUGAUGGCUAUUUAACAGUCUGAUGGCCUUGAGAUAGAAGCUGUUUUUCAUUCUCUCGGUCCCAGCUUUGAUGCACCUGUACCGACCUCGCCUUCUGGAUGAUAGCGGGGUGAACAGGCAGUGGCUCGGGUGGUUGAUGUUCUUGAUGAUAUUUUUGGCCUUCCUGUGACAUCGGGUGCUGUAUGUGUCUUAGAGGGCGGGUAGUUUGCCCCCGAUAAUGCGUUCGGCAGACCGCACCACCCUCUGGAGAGCCCUGCGGUUGCGGGUGGUGCAGUUGCCGUACCAGGCGGUGAUACAGCCCGACAGGAUGCUCUCAAUUGUGCAUCUGUAAAAGUUUGUGAGGGUUUUAGGUGCCAAGCCGAAUUUGUUCAGCCUCCUUAGGUUGAAGAAGCUCUGUUGCACCUUCUUCACCACACUGUCUGUGUGGGUGGACCAUUUUCAGUUUGUCGGUAAUGUGUACGCCAAGGAACUUGAAGCUUUCCAGCUUCUCCACUGCGGUCCCGUCGAUGUGGAUAGGGGGGUGCACCCUCUGCUGUUUCCUGAAGUCCACGAUCAUCUCCUUUUGUUUUGUUGACGUAGCCUGCAUAUCAAUACAUACACACAAACUAUCUAGGUCAAAACUUUGAAUAGUGUUUGACAUGACAACGAAUGAAAAAUGCCAGGGAAUAAUUAUUGUGACAGGAUAGGAACCAAAUUGUUUAUAAGUGUUUCCUAGGGGACCGUAUAAUCUUUGGCUACAUUUGAAUGUUUUCUCUUAGCAACUUAAUGUAGCUAACAUAUUCUUGCUUCAUGUAUUCCUCUUUGAUUUAGAAGAUACUGUUGCACAAACAACAUGCAGAUUUAGGUCUACACCGUCCCUGGUAUUAUCAGGCUGUAUAGCUAAUUACGUUUGUUCUGACUCAGUACAUUUAUUAGCUAGCUAGCGAUUUAGAAUUAGCGGCUAACAAGAUUUAGGGCCAACUUGCUAAGACAAGACAAACUCGCUGUUUGCGGAUGUAAGAAACACUAACUAAUAGUGAAAUUAUAGAACGCUAGUGGAUUUAUUUUAGGAAGCAAAGUCAAAACCGCAUCGUUGUCAUCAACUUUGUUGCAUGUGCUGCAUUGACCAUGGGAGGGGAGGGAGAGAGGGAACAAACGGCGUACCACCUUUUUAACAAACCAAACAUUCAAAUACCGUUGUAGAAGGUAAAGUAAAAACCCAAACUGGUCCGUGCAUCACUACCGGUAUAUCAUAAAGUACGGGAUACCACCCAGCCCUACGUCAAUGUAAAAAGGUUCAUUUUGUCUUUGGAGAGCUUACGGAAGGUGGUGGUGCUUAUGUUUGUCCUAUUGUCACACGCACUUUAAUGAAGCACUCACUUUUGAUGAAGCAUGUCAGUAGUACAGCUGUCUGAUGUAUGAGUGUUGCUACAGCUGUCUGAUGUAUGAGUGUUGCUACAGCUGUCUGAUGUAUGAGUGUUGCUACAGCUGUCUGAUGUAUGAGUGUCGCUACAGCUGUCUGUUGUAUGAGUGUCGCUACAGCUGUCUGUUGUAUGAGUGUCGCUACAGCUGUCUGUCUGUGAGUGUCGCUACAGCUGUCUGAUGUAUGAGUGUCGCUACAGCUGUCUUGUAUGAGUGUCGCUACAGCUGUCUGUUGUAUGAGUGUUGCUACAGCUGUCUGUUGUAUGAGUGUCGCUACAGCUGUCUGUUGUAUGAGUGUUGCUACAGCUGUCUGUUGUAUGAGUGUCGCUACAGCUGUCUGAUGUAUGAGUGUCGCUACAGCUGUCUUGUAUGAGUGUCGCUACAGCUGUCUGUUGUAUGAGUGUCGCUACAGCUGUCUGAUGUAUGAGUGUCGCUACAGCUGUCUGAUGUAUGAGUGUCGCUACAGCUGUCUGAUGUAUGAGUGUCGCUACAGCUGUCUGUUGUAUGAGUGUCGCUACAGCUGUCUGUUGUAUGAGUGUCGCUACAGCUGUCUGUUGUAUGAGUGUCGCUACAGCUGUCUGAUGUAUGAGUGUCGCUACAGCUGUCUGAUGUAUGAGUGUUGCUACAGCUGUCUGAUGUAUGAGUGUCGCUACAGCUGUCUGUUGUAUGAGUGUUGCUACAGCUGUCUGAUGUAUGAGUGUUGCUACAGCUGUCUGAUGUGUGAGUGUCGCUUGUGAAUGGCGAUGCAUUCAGUUCUGAGUAUUCUCUCUCUUUCUGUUCCCAGACGGUGAUGGAAAAAUUCAAGGAUUCGCCGUUUAUGGCCAAUAUCAUCUCAUCUUACAUGAAGUCGGUCAAUGAAGAUCUAUUCACUACCCACGCUGUGGGAGAACUGCUUUGGGGCUACGAGGACGGCCUUCUCAAAGCUCUGAAAUUACUGCAGCCUACAUUAGAUGAUGUGUUUGGACUCUUCUACAAGGUUUGGUUCUCACUCACUACCCAAUAUGGACUGUAUGAUUGGUUGUGAUAUGUUGAUUGGUGUUAGGUAUUUGGUUGUGAUAUGUUGAUUAGUGUUAGGUAUUUGGUUGUGAUAUGUUGAUUGGUGUUAGGUAUUUGGUUGUGAUAUGUUGAUUGGUGUUAGGUAUUUGGUUGUGAUAUGUUGAUUGGUGUUAGGUAUUUGUAUUUGUGUGUUUUUAAGUGGUUGGUUAUUUAAGUGCUGUAGUUAUAUAACGUUUUGUAACUGUAGUCACUUCAUAAAGAAAGUAUAGACUUAGAUCUAGGAAAGCCUUGCCAUGUGAAUAGAUCUAGGAAAGCCUUGCCAUGUGAAUAGAUCUAGGAAAGCCUUGCCAUGUGAAUAGAUCUAGGAAAGCCUUGCCAUGUGACUAGAUCUAGGAAAGCCUUGCCAUGUGAAUAGAUCUAGGAAAGCCUUGCCAUGUGAAUAGAUCUAUGAAAGCCUUGCCAUGUGACUAGAUCUAGGAAAGCCUUGCCAUGGGAAUAGAUCUAGGAAAGCCUUGCCAUGUGAAUAGAUCUAGGAAAGCCUUGCCAUGUGAAUAGAUCUAGGAAAGCCUUGCCAUGUGAAUAGAUCUAGGAAAGCCUUGCCAUGUGAAUAGAUCUAGGAAAGCCUUGCCAUGUGAAUAGAUCUAGGAAAGCCUUGCCAUGUGACUAGAUCUAUGAAAGCCUUGCCAUGUGAAUAGAUCUAGGAAAGCCUUGCCAUGUGAAUAGAUUUUACAUUUUACAUUUAAGUCAUUUAGCAGACGCUCUUAUCCAGAGCGACUUACAGUUAGUGAGUGCAUACAUUAUUAUAUUUUUUAUUUUUUUCAUACUGGCCCCCCAUGGGAAUCGAACCCACAACCCUGCCGGCCAUUCCCUCCCCUACCCUGGACGACGCUGGGCCAAUUGUGCGCCGCCCCAUGGGUCUCCCGGUCGUGGCCGGCUACGACAGAGCCUGGAUUCGAACCAGGAUCUCUAGUGGCACAGUUAGCACUGCGAUGCAGUGCCUUAGACCACUGCGCCACAAGGCUUUCAUAGAUCUAUUCACAUGGCAAGGCUUUCCUAGAUCUAGGAAAGCCUUGCCAUGUGAAUAGAUCUAGGAAAGCCUUGCCAUGUGACUAGAUCUAGGAAAGCCUUGCCAUGUGAAUAGAUCUAUGAAAGCCUUGCCAUGUGAAUAGAUCUAGGAAAGCCUUGCCAUGUGAAUAGAUCUAGGAAAGCCUUGCCAUGUGACUAGAUCUAGGAAAGCCUUGCCAUGUGAAUAGAUCUAGGAAAGCCUUGCCAUGUGAAUAGAUCUAGGAAGGCCUUGCCAUGUGACUAGAUCUAGGAAAGCCUUGCCAUGUGAAUAGAUCUAGGAAAGCCUUGCCAUGUGAAUAGAUCUAGGAAAGCCUUGCCAUGUGAAUAGAUCUAGGAAAGCCUUGCCAUGUGAAUAGAUCUAGGAAAGCCUUGCCAUGUGAAUAGAUCUAGGAAAGCCUUGCCAUGUGACUAGAUCUAGGAAAGCCUUGCCAUGUGACUAGAUCUAGGAAAGCCUUGCCAUGUGACUAGAUCUAGGAAAGCCUUGCCAUGUGAAUAGAUCUAGGAAAGCCUUGCCAUGUGAAUAGAUCUAGGAAAGCCUUGCCAUGUGAAUAGAUCUAGGAAAGCCUUGCCAUGUGACUAGAUCUAGGAAAGCCUUGCCAUGUGACUAGAUCUAGGAAAGCCUUGCCAUGUGAAUAGAUCUAGGAAAGCCUUGCCAUGUGAAUAGAUCUAGGAAAGCCUUGCCAUGUGAAUAGAUCUAGGAAAGCCUUGCCAUGUGAAUAGAUCUAGGAAAGCCUUGCCAUGUGACUAGAUCUAGGAAAGCCUUGCCAUGUGACUAGAUCUAGGAAAGCCUUGCCAUGUGACUAGAUCUAGGAAAGCCUUGCCAUGUGAAUAGAUCUAGGAAAGCCUUGCCAUGUGAAUAGAUCUAGGAAAGCCUUGCCAUGUGACUAGAUCUAUGAAAGCCUUGCCAUGUGACUAGAUCUAGGAAAGCCUUGCCAUGUGAAUAGAUCUAUGAAAGCCUUGCCAUGUGAAUAGAUCUAGGAAAGCCUUGCCAUGUGACUAGAUCUAUGAAAGCCUUGCCAUGUGACUAGAUCUAGGAAAGCCUUGCCAUGUGAAUAGAUCUAUGAAAGCCUUGCCAUGUGACUAGAUCUAGGAAAGCCUUGCCAUGUGACUAGAUCUAGGAAAGCCUUGCCAUGUGACUAGAUCUAGGAAAGCCUUGCCAUGUGACUAGAUCUAGGAAAGCCUUGCCAUGUGAAUAGAUCUAGGAAAGCCUUGCCAUGUGACUAGAUCUAGGAAAGCCUUGCCAUGUGACUAGAUCUAGGAAAGCCUUGCCAUGUGACUAGAUCUAGGAAAGCCUUGCCAUGUGACUAGAUCUAGGAAAGCCUUGCCAUGUGACUAGAUCUAGGAAAGCCUUGCCAUGUGACUAGAUCUAGGAAAGCCUUGCCAUGUGACUAGAUCUAGGAAAGCCUUGCCAUGUGACUAGAUCUAGGAAAGCCUUGCCAUGUGAAUAGAUCUAGGAAAGCCUUGCCAUGUGACUAGAUCUAGGAAAGCCUUGCCAUGUGACUAGAUCUAGGAAAGCCUUGCCAUGUGACUAGAUCUAGGAAAGCCUUGCCAUGUGACUAGAUCUAGGAAAGCCUUGCCAUGUGACUAGAUCUAGGAAAGCCUUGCCAUGUGACUAGAUCUAGGAAAGCCUUGCCAUGUGAAUAGAUCUAGGAAAGCCUUGCCAUGUGACUAGAUCUAGGAAAGCCUUGCCAUGUGAAUUAGAGAACAUUGUUUCAGAUACAACACACAGUCUAUGAUUUUGUUUCUCCAGUGUUCUGUUUUUGAUGAUGAAAUCAUGAAGGAGCGAUAGUUUCAUGGUGGUUCUGUUUUUGUAUUUCAGCAAAAUGCUACAGAUGAUGGAGACUAUGUGUUUCUGACCGGUCAACAGAGUUACAAGGACUUUGCCAUUAUAGAUCAGUGGAAGGGUCAAAGGUAAGGGUUCUAUAGAACAUUCCACCACAUACUAUGUUAUAAACAUAUAAAUACAAUGCUUUUAGGCCUCCUAUUGUCAAUAAAUUCAAACAAAUUUAAUCUGUAAUCUAAUUGUUCGGUUUGUGUAACUGAUAUAAUUUAGAUGGGUGUUUUUCUGUUUCAAUAUUAUCUUCGCCUCGUUAAACCAACCUAAUCUCACAUUCUGUUUUACUUAAGGUGGAUAUUAUCUAGAUUUCACAGAAGGCGAAUACAGUCAGAACCCAUUUUGAAGUGGUAGCAAUGGUAUAACAGCGAUAACGAUGUGUGUUCUCUCUGUUUGCAGCUCUCUGAAUUGGUGGACCACAGAUGAGUGUAACAUGAUCAAUGGAACCAAUGGGGCCUCCUUUCAUCCAAUCAUCACCAAGAACGAGACCCUCUACAUGUUUUCCUCUGACCUCUGCAGGUUGGUUUGGGUCCAAACUCCCAUGUGUCUCUGUGUCAUGGGAGCUUCCUCUACCAUUACAUCCUUAGCGUCAUGUGACAGUUUUUUUUCAGCGUUUGUCAUCACGUGUUACUAUUAUUUAGCCCGUUUUGGAAGUCAAAAUACAUUUCACUAAAAUGUAUGCGUUGAGUAUAGGGCUGUUGCGUUGACCGUAUUACCGGCAGUCACGAGUCAUGGCCGCAGUCAAAUUCCACGUGACCAUUUAGUAAUUAGUCUUCUCCAAGCUCUGAUGCUACUGAUGGUCAUUAGUAGCCUACCAAACUUGCUAACUGCAUGAUGCUGCCACCACCAUGCUUCACCGUAGGGAUGGUGCCAGGUUUCCGCCAGACGUGACGCUUGGCAUUCCGGCCAAAGAGUUCAAUCUUGGUUUCAUCAGACCAGAGAAUCUUGUUUCUCAUGGUCUGAGAGUCCUUUAGGUGCCUUUUGGCAAACUCCAAGGGUGCUGUCAUGUGCUUUUUACUGAGGCGUGGCUUCCGUCUGGCCACUCUACAAUAAAGGCCUGAUUGGUGGAGUGCUGCAGAGAUGGUUGUCCUUCUGGAAGGUUCUCUCAUCUCCACAGAGGAACUCUGGAGCUCUGUCAGAGUGACCAUCGGGUUCUUGGUCACCUCUCUGACCAAGGCCCUUCUCCCCUGAUUGCUCAGUUUGGCCGGGCUGCCAGCACUAGGAAGAAUCUUGGUGGUUCCAAACGUCUUCCAUUUAAGAAUGAUGGAGGCCACUGUGUUCUUGGGGGGCCCUCAAUCCUUCCCCAGAUCUGUGCCUCGACACAAUCCUGUCCUGGAGCUCUCUGACAAUUCCUUCGACCUCAUGGCUUGGUUUUUGCUCUAAACAUGCACUGUCAACUGUGGGACCUUAUAUAGACAGGUGUGUGCCUUUCCAAAUCAUGUCCAAUCAAUUGAAUUGACCACAGGUGGACUCCAAUCAAGUUGUAGAAACAUCACAAGGAUGAUCAAUGUUAACAGGAUGCACCUGAGCUCAAUUUGGAGUCUCAUAGCAAAGGGUCUGAAUACUUAUGUAAAUAAGCUAUUUCUGUUAUUAUUUUUUACAAGUUUGCCAACAUUUCUAAAAACUUGUUUUCGCUAUGUCAUUAUGGAGUAUUGUGUGUAGAUUGAGGAAAAUUUUUUAUUUAAUCAAUUUUAGAAUAAGGCUGUAACGUAACAAAAUGUGUAAAAGGUCAAGGGGUCUUUAGUACUUUCCGCACUCCAUCAAAUUGUUUGGAAAAAAUAUCCUUUCUAUUUUAUUCAGCUAUGUUCAAAUUGUAUUCUUCAUACUAUAAAAUAAUGCCACGGAAUUCUAAGCACAUCUUGUCUGCUAUCACAUUCCAAGAUGGAGAGGUCCCACUGUAAUUGCAGAACCCAGAACAAAAUCUUGCAUGCGUUGGCUAGCUUGCUACUCCAUUUGUUUUUUUGAACAUUUUAUGUAUCUUGUCUUUCACAAUAGAUUUAUCUAACCCUUUUCCUUCUCCGUUCCUUGGUCCUCUUUGUCAGAUCUAUCUAUGCCAUCUAUGAGGAGGAGAGCAUUGUGAUGGGUGUCCCAGCUUACAGGUUCUCUCCACCCAGCAAUGUGUUUGCCAACACAACAGAGAACGCUGGGUUCUGUUCCCCAGCAGGGAACUGUCUGGGCUCUGGCGUGCUCCAAGUCAGUGCCUGCAAACAAGGUAAUAAUAAUAUCAGAUAUUUUCUAUUUUAUUUCCAAUAUUUGAUAUAUGCCACUUGGCACUCAAUUUUAUACAAACGUUGAGUGCAUACAUUUUUAUGUGAUCCCUGCUGGAGUUGAACCCACAACCUUGGCGGUACUAGUCAAUGCCAACUGAGCCGCUCUAGCCAGGACUGUAGCCAUAUGGUUUCAAAACAUAAUCUGUCUGAGGUCCAUUAUCAACUCAAUGAGGGGGAAAAAAAUACAUUUCAUUAAUCUCAUAUUUCACAUCCUAGAUGCUCCGAUUGUCAUGUCUUCUCCACACUUCUACCAGGCAGAUGAGAAGUUUGUCAAAGACGUCUUCGGCAUGAAACCUAACAAGAAGCAACACGAGACCAUCAUCGAUAUCAACCCGGUAUGUAAACUGAACAAAAAAUAUAAAUGCAACAAUUUCAAAGAUUUUACUGAGUUUUACAGUUCCUAUAAAGAAAUCAGUCAGAACAUAGGCCCUAAUUUAUCGAUUUUCACAUGAAUGGGAAUACAGAUAUGAAUCUGUUGGUCACAGAUACCUUCUUUUUUUUUUAAGUAGGGGCGUGGAUCAAAAAACCAGUCAGUAUCUGGUGUGACCACCAUUUUGCUUCAUGCAGCGCGACACAUCUCCUUCACAUAGAGUUGAUCAGGCUGUUGAUUGUGGCCUGUGGAAUGUUGUCCCACUCCUCUUCAAUGGCUGUGCGAAGUUGCUGGAUAUUGACGGGAACUGGAACACGCUGUUGUACACGUGAAUCCAGAGCCUCCCAAACAUGCUCAAUUUUUUAUUUUUUUUUAUUUAUUUCACCUUUAUUUAACCAGGUAAGCCAGUUGAGAACAAGUUCUCAUUUACAACUGCGACCUGGCCAAGAUAAAGCAAAGCAGUGCGAUUAAAAACAACAACACAGAGUUACAUAUGGGGUAAAAAAAAACAAAGUAAAAAAAUACAACAGAAAAUAUAUAUACAGUGUGUGCAAAUGUAGCAAGUUAUGGAGGUAAGGCAAUAAAUAGGCUAUAGUGCAAAAUAAUUAGAAUUAGUAUUAACACUGGAAUGCUAGAUGUGCAAGAGAUUAUGUGCAAAUAGAGAUGCUGGGGUGCAAAAGAGCAAAAUAAAUAACAAUAUAGGGAUGAGGUAGUUGGGUGGGCUAAUUUCAGAUGGGCUGUGUACAGGUGCAGUGAUCGGUAAGGUGCUCUGACAACUGAUGCUUAAAGUUAGUGAGGGAGAUAAGAGUCUCCAGCUUCAGAGAUUUUUGCAAUUCGUUCCAGUCAUUGGCAGCAGAGAACUGGAAGGAAUGGCGGCCAAAGGAGGUGUUGGCUUUGGGAAUGACCAGUGAGAUAUACCUGCUGGAGCGCAGACUACGGGUGGGUGCUGCUAUGGUGACCAAUGAGCUAAGAUAAGGCGGGGAUUUGCCUAGCAGUGAUUUAUAGAUGGCCUGGAGCCAGUGGGUUUGACGACGAACAUGUAGUGAGGACCAGCCAACAAGAGCGUACAGGUCACAGUGGUGGGUAGUGUAUGGGGCUUUGGAGACAACUGAUGGCACUGUGAUAGACUACAUCCAAUUUGCUGAGUAGAGUGUUGGAGGCUAUUUUGUAAAUGACAUCGCCGAAGUCAAGGAUCGGUAGGAUAGUCAGUUUUACGAGGGCAUGUUUGGCAGCAUGAGUGAAGGAGGCUUUGUUGCGAAAUAGGAAGCCGAUUCUAGAUUUAACUUUGGAUUGGAGAUUCUUAAUGUGAGUCUGGAAGGAGAGUUUACAGUCUAACCAGACACCUAGGUAUUUGUAGUUGUCCACAUACUCUAGGUCGGACCCGUCGAGAGUGGUGAUUCUAGUCGGGUGGGCGGGUGCCAGCAGCGUUCGAUUGAAGAGCAUGCAUUUAGUUUUACUAGUGUUUAAGAGCAGUUGGAGGCUACUGAAGGAGUGUUGUAUGGCAUUGAAGCUCGUUUGGAGGUUUGUUAACACAGUGUCCAAUGAAGGGCCAGAUGUAUACAAAAUGGUGUCGUCUGCGUAGAGGUGGAUCUGAGAGUCACCAGCAGCAAGAGCGACAUCAUUGAUAUACACAGAGAAAAGAGGCGCCCAAGAAUUGAACCCUGUGGCACCCCCAUAGAGACUGCCAUAGGUCCAGACAACAGGCCCUCCGAUUUGACACACUGAACUCUAUCUGAGAAGUAGUUGGUGAACCAGGCGAGGCAGUCAUUUGAGAAACCAAGGCUAUUUAGUCUGCCAAUAAGAAUGCGGUGGUUGACAGAGUCGAAAGCCUUGGCCAGGUUGAUGAAGACGGCUGCACAGUACUGUCUAUUAUCGAUCGCGGUUAUAAUAUCGUUUAGGACCUUGAGCGUGGCUGAAGUGCACCCAUGACCAGCUCGGAAACCGGAUUGCAUAGCGGAGAAGGUACGGUGGGAUUCGAAAUGGUCGGUGAUCUGUUUGUUAACUUGGCUUUCAAAUACUUUCGAAAGGCAGGGCAGGAUGGAUAUAGGUCUGUAACAGUUUGGAUCUAGAGUGUCACCCCCUUUGAAGAGGGGGAUGACCGCGGCAGCUUUCCAAUCUCUGGGGAUCUCAGACGUUACGAAAGAGAGGUUGAACAGACUAGUAAUAGGGGUUGCGACAAUUUCGGCGGCUAGUUUUAGAAAGAAAGGGUCCAGAUUGUCUAGCCCAGCUGAUUUGUAGGGGUCCAGAUUUUGCAGCUCUUUUAGAACAUCAGCUGUCUGAAUUUGUGUGAAGGAGAAGCGGGGGGGGGGGCAUGGGCAAGUUGCAGCGGAGGGUGCAGAGUUGGUGGCCGGGGUAGUGGUAGCCAGGUGGAAAGCAUGGCCAGCCGUAGCAAAAUGCUUGUUGAAAUUCUCGAUUAUUGUAGAUUUAUCGGUGGUGAUAGUGUUUCCUAGCCUCAGUGCAGUGGGCAGCUGGGAGGAAGUGCUCUUAUUCUCCAUGGACUUUACAGUGUCCCAAAACUUUUUGGAGUUAGUGCUACAGGAUGCAAAUUUCUGUUUGAAAAAGUUAGCCUUUGCUUUCCUGACUGCUUGUGUAUAUUGGUUCCUAACUUCCCUGAAAAGUUGCAUAUCGCGGGGGCUAUUUGAUGCUAAUGCAGUACGCCACAGGAUGUUUUUGUGCUGGUCAAGGGCAGUCAAGUCUGAGGAGAACCAGGGGCUAUAUCUGUUCUUAGUUCUGUAUUUUUUGAAUGGGGCAUGUUUAUUUAAGAUUGAGAGGAAAUUACUUUUAAAGAACAACCAGGCAUCCUCUACUGACGGAAUGAGAUCUAUAUCCAUCCAGGAUACCUGGGCCAGGUCAAUUAGGAAGGCCUGCUCGCUAAAGUGUUUUAGGGAGCGUUUGACAGUGAUGAGGGGUGGUCGUUUGACCGCGGACCCGUUACGGACGCAGGCAAUAAGGCAGUGAUCGCUGAGAUCCUGGUUGAAGACAGCGGAGGUGUAUUUAGAGGGUAAGUUAGUCAGGAUGAUAUCUAUGAGGGUGCCCAUGUUUACGGAUUUAGGGUUGUACCUGGUAGGUUCGUGAUAAUUUGCGUGAGAUUGAGGGCAUCUAGUUUGGAUUGUAGGAUGGCCGGGGUAUUAAGCAUAUCCCAAUUUAGGUCACCAAGCAGUACGAACUCUGAGGAUAAAUGGGGGGCAAUCAAUUCACAUAUGGUGUCCAGGGCACAGCUGGGGGCUGAGGGGGGUCUGUAGCAAGCGGCAACAGUGAGAGACUUAUUUCUGGAAAGGUGGAUUUUUAGAAGUAGAAGCUCAAACUGUUUGGGCACAGACCUGGAUAGUAUGAUAGAGCUCUGCAGGCUAUCUCUACAGUAGAUUGCAACUCCACCCCCUUUGGCAGUUCUAUCUAGAUGGAAAAUGUUAUAGUUGGGGAUGGAUGACAUGUCUGGUGAGUUUGCAGGCCAUGGAAGGACUGGGACAUUUUCAGCUUCCAGGAAUUGUGUACAGAUCCUUGCGACAUGGGGCCGUGCAUUAUCAUGCUGAAACAUGAGGUGAUGAAUGGCACGACAAUGAGCCUCAGGAUCUCGUCACGGUAACUCUGUGCAUUCAAAUUGCCAACAAUAAAAUGCAAUUGUGUUUGUUGUCCAUAGCUUAUGCCUGCCCAUACCAUAACCCCACCGCCACCAUAGGGGACUCUGUUCACAACGUUGACAUCAGCAAACCGCUCGCCCACACUUCUGUCAUCUGCCCAGUACAGUUGAAACCAGGAUUCAUCCGUGGAGGGCACACUUCUCCAGCGUGCCAGUGGCCAUCGAAGUUGAGCAUUUGCCCACUGAAAUCGGUUAUGACGCCAAACUGCAGUCAGGUCAAGACCCUGGUGAGGACGACGAGCAUGCAGAUGAGCUUCCCUGAGACGGUUUCUGACAGUUUGUGCAGAAAUUCUUCGCUUGUGCAAACCCACAGUUUCAUCAGAUGUCUGAGUGGCUGGUCUCAGACGAUCCCGCAGGGGAAGAAGCCGGAUGUGGAAGACCAGGGCUGGCGUGGUUACACGUGAUCUGUGUUUGAGGCCAGUUGGAUGUACUGCCAAAUUCUCUAAAAUGACGUUGGAGGUGGCUUAUGGUAGAGAAAUGAACAUUCAAUUCUCUGGCAACAGCUCUGAUGGACAUUCCUGCUGUCAGCAUGCCAAUUGAAUGCUCCCUCAAAACUUGAGACAUCUGUGGCAUUGUGUUGUGUGACAAAACUGCACAUUUUAGAGUGGCCUUUUAUUGUCCUGUGUAAUGAUCUUGCUGUUUAAUCAGCUUCUUGAUAUGCCACACCUGUCAUGUGGAUGGAUUAUCUUGGCAAAGGAGAAAUGCUCAUUAACAGGGACGUGCACAGAAUUUGAGAGAAAUAAGCUUUUUGUGCACAUUGAGAAAUUCUGGGAUCUUUUAUUUUCAGCUCAUGAAACAUGGGACCAACACUUUACAUGUUGAGUUUAUAUUUUUGUUCAGUAUAUGACCUUUUGCCUAUAUAGUACCUUUUCUCUGGCUUCAGCAUGUUGUUUUCAGAUUGACCACUUGAGGGGGCACUAUUACCACUUUAGAAGAACAGGUCAAAACUGUUGACUUUCACAGAGUGUUUUAUUUUGGGUGUUACAAGGAUAAUGUUUUACUAUGGAAGAAGGAUAAUCUCACUAAUUCACACAAAGCGCACACACUAUGAUGCUCAGGAGACAAAUGACAGAAAACAUUAACAGCUGCAAAUAUAUGUGGAGUGGUCCAUCAUGCCAGCAUUACAGUAAAUAGUCAAUAUCACUUUGAUCAAGACCGUGUCAAGCUUUUGAACUGUUUUUGAACUGAGUUUUCAAGUAGCAGAUCCUAAAACCCAGGGUUGUAUUCAUUAGGCACCAAACUGAAGAAGAAAAAAAUGAUGGAAACAGGAAAAGCUUGGUCUUAGUUUGCCAUCGCAAAACGUUUUGCUACGGUGUGCACUAAUGAACACGACCCAGGGCUCCUCCUGAGGCUGGGGCCAGUCUGAGGCAGUGUGUAUGAAGUCCUUCUUGUUGAUAAGCCGUUAUUUAUAGCUGUUUGUGGUGCAGUUGGAGUGGCUCAGUACCAGGCAUAGAGACACUAAAGAUAAGAGGCUGUAGACUUUUAGGUCACUGGCCUAACGCUUUAACCACUAGGCUACCAGCCACCCACAUCAUAUAGAAAACAUUACAUCACUAAAGACAUUGUGCACUAUACAAAUGUACACUAUAAAAUGUGCAAUGCUACAAUAAUUGUGUGUGUGUGUGUGUUUCAAGUUUCAAAGUGUAUUCGCCACGUACACAGGAUACAACAGGUGUAAAACAGUACAGUAAAAUUCUUACCUUGAGAGCUCUUACCCAACAAUGCAGUGGUGGUGGUAAUAAUAAUAAUAAUAAUAAUAAUAAUAAUAGAAAAUAUAAUUAAAAAUAAAGUAAGAAUUAAAACCACACAAGAACUAUGAUGAGAGUUAAAGAAACAGGAGAAUGCAAGUAUAUACAGGUCUGUGCCAGUACCUUAUUCAACGUGCAGGGAUACUGGAGUGGUUGAGGUGGGUUUAUACAUCGAAAGUGACUGGUAGUAGGAUAUACAUGUAAACAGGACUGAAAAGUGACUGGUAGCAGGAAUAUAUAAAUACUUACGGUAAUAUACUAAUGGUAAUAUAUACACAUGUAAACAGGAGUAACAGUGAAUAUUAAUAGGAUAAAUAGAUAGAUACUAAUGUAAUGGCAAUCGAUAAUCAAUGGACAGCAGCAUAAUGGAGUAAUACAUCUAAUCAAUAAUCCAUUUUAGCAGCAGCGUCGGUUGUGUCUGAGUGGGUAGAGACCUGUGGAUGGGCACAGAGUCAGAUGGCUCAGAGUUACCUGAUGUGGAAGAGUUCCAUGUAGUCAGUGCCUUGCAAAAGUAUUCAUCCCCCUUGGUGUUUUUCCUAUUUUGUUGCAUUACAACCUGUAAUUUAAAUGGAUUUUCAUUUGGAUUUCAUGUAAUGGACAUACACAAAAUAGUCCAAAUUGGUGAAGUGAAAUUAAAAAAAUAACUUGUUUAAAAAAAAUCUAAAAAAUAAAUAACGGAAAAGUGGCGCGUGCAUAUGUAUUCAGCCCCUUUGCUAUGAAGCCCCUAAAUAAGAUAUGGUGCAACCAAUUUCCUUCAGAAGUCACAUAAUUAGUUAGAUUGCACACAGGUGGACUAUUUAAGUGUCACAUGAUCUGUCACAUGAUCUCAGUAUAUAUACACCUGUUCUGAAAGGCCCCAGAGUCUGCAACACCACUAAGCAAGGGGCACCACCAAGCAAGCGGCACCAUGAAGACCAAGGAGCUCUCCAAACAGGUCAGGGACAAAGUUGUGGAGAAGUACAGAUCAGGGUUGGGUUAAAAAUAAAUAUCCGAAAAUUCGAACAUCCCACGGAGCACCAUUUAAAUCCAUUAUUAAAAAAUUGAAAGAAUAUGGCACCACAACAAACCUGCCAAAAGAGGGCCGCCCACCAAAACUCAUGGACCAGGCAAGGAAGGCAUUAAUCAGAAGCAACAAAGAGACCAAAGAUAACCCUGAAGGAGCUGCAAAGCUCCACAGCGGAGAUUGGAGUAUCUGUCCAUAGGACCACUUUAAGACGUACACUCCACAGAGCUGGGCUUUACGGAAGAGUGGCCAGAAAAAAGCCAUUGCUUAAAGGAAAAAUAAGCAAACACGUUUGGUGUUCGCCAAAAGGCAUGUGGGAGACUCCCCAAACAUAUGGAAGAAGGUACUCUGGUCAGAUGAGACUAAAAUUGAGCUUUUUGGCCAUCAAGGAAAACACUAUGUCUGGCGCAAACCCAACACUUCAUCACCCCGAGAACACCACCCCCACAAUGAAGCAUGGUGGUGGCAGCAUCAUGCUGUGGGUAUGUUUUUCAUCGGCAGGGACUGGGAAACUGGUCAGAAUUUAAGGAAUGAUGGAAGGCGCUAAAUACAGGGAAAUUCUUGAGGGAAACCUGUUUCAGUCUUCCAGAUAUUUGAGACUGGGGCGGAGGUUCACCUUCCAGCAGGACAAUGACCCUAAGCAUACUGCUAAAGCAACACUCAAGUGGUUUAAGGGGAAACAGUUAAAUGUCUUGGAAUGGCCUAGUCAAAGCCCAGACCUCAAUCCAAUUGAGAAUCUGUGGUGACUUAAAGAUUGCUGUACACCAGCAGAACCCAUCCAACUUGAAGGAGCUGGAGCAGUUCUACCUUGAAGAAUGGGCUAAAAUCCCAGUGGCUAGAUGUUCCAAGCUUAUAGAGACAUACCCCAAGAGACUUGCAGCUGUAAUUGCUGCAGAAGGUGGCUCUACAAAGUAUAUUCACGCUCAGGUUUUCUGUUUGUUUUGUCUUAUUUCUUGUUUGUUUCACAAUAAAACAUAUUUUGCAUCUUCAAAGUGGUAGGCAUGUUGUGUAAAUCAAAUGAUACAAACCCCCAAAAAAUCAUUUUAAUUCCAGGUUGUAAGGCAACAAAAUAGGAAAAAUGCCAAGGGGGGUGAAUACUUUCGCAAGCCACUGUAGUUCUGUGUUUUUCCCAGCCUCUGUUCUGGACUUAGGGACUGUGAAGAGACCCCUGGUGGCAUGUCUUGUGGGAGCUGUGUGUUAGCUGUUUGAACAGACAGUUUGGUGAUUUCAACACGUCAAUACCUCUCACAAUUGCCACAUUAUUCAUUACAAGAUUUAGAUGAGGUUUACGGUUUACCGGGGGAUUUUUAUUUAUUUAUAAAUAUAACGCUUAUAGUUUUGAAAUACACUACAUGACCAAAAGUGUGUGGAAACAUGCUUGUCGAACAUCUCAUUCCAAAAUCAUGAGCAUUAAAAUGGAGUUGGUCCCCCCUUUGCUGCUAUAACAGCCUCCACUCUUCUGGGAAGGCUUUCCUCUAGAUGUUGGAACUUUGCUGCGGGGACUUGCUUCCAUUCAGCCACAAGCAUUAGUGAGGUCGAGGCACUGAUGUUUGGCGAUUAGGCCUGGCUUGCAGUCGGCGUUCCAAUUCAUCCCAAAGGUGAUUGAUGGGGUUGAGGUCAGGGCUCAGAGCUCUGGGCCGGACAGUCAAGUUCUUCCACACCGAUCUCGACAAACCAUUUCUGCAUGGACCUCACUUUGUGUACGGGGGGGGGGGGGGGCAUUGUCAUGCUGAGACAGGAAAGGGACUUCCCCAAACUGUUGCCACAAAGUUGGAAGCACAGAAUCGUCUUGAAUGUCAUUUUACAGUUUCUUAUUUUUGUUUAGUCACAAUUUCUCAAUUUACAGUUCGUUUGCCAGUCGGCUGUGCAGCCAAACUUAUUUGUCAUUUAUUUUCCCUCGUCCCUCUCAACCAUAAAAUGUUUCUAAUACUCAUCAAUCGACAGGGAUUUAGCAUUUCUAACAGUCAGUUUCUUAAUAGGUGCAUGCUUAUCAAUAACUGGAAGAAACAAUUUCAUAAAUGUGCCAAGUAUUACGUCUGGUUGGUCCUCACUACACACAAUAGACCAGCAAAUAUUCUUGAAGAUGUAAACAUAGGAAUCGCUACAGAACCUCUUGUAUGAUCUCUCUUACACUAUAUAUUAGGCCCAGCCUUUGGAACUUUGGUUUUCCUAGAUAUGGCUACUAUAUUAUGAUCACUACAUCCGAUGGGUGUGGAUACUGCUUUAGAGCAGACUUCUGCAGCAUUAGUAAAGAUGUGACCAAUACAUGUGGAUGAUUUCAUUCAUGUGCUGUUUGUAAAUACCCUGGUAGGUUGACCGAUAACCUGAACCAGAUUGCAUGCACUGGUUACAGUUUUGAAGCUUCUUCUUGAGUGGAUAGCUUGGUGAUACCCAGUCAAUAUUUAGGUCACCCAGAAAAUAUACCACUGUUGAUAUAACAUACGUUAUCAAGCAUUUCACACACAUUAUCCAGAUACUGACUGUUAGCAUUCAGUGGUCUAUAGAAUAGGCAACCUGAGAAGUAGUAAUAAUUCAUAACGAUUUGUUUCCACAGCUUACAGGCAUCGUACUUCAGGCUGCUAAGAGACUUCAAGUGAACGUGUUCGUUGAGAAGAUUCCUGUGUUUAGGUAAGCAAAGACUUUUUGUAAUUAAUAAAGUGGCUACUUUUCUUUUUAAAUUGACAAUUCUGUGAACUGUCUUGUGCAAGUUUUAAAUUGACACAAUACCUGUUAGCAAAGGUGUCAGCUAGAGAUGACGUGCAGGAGCUUGCAGGGAUUUGUAGUUUUGUAUGAUGUCUACUUUGAUGCUAAUUAGCAUUUUUUAAUCUGAGAGUAAACAGAGCCGAUUUAUAUUGAUAAAAGUCACCUUAUCAUGGUUAUCAAAACGUCACGCCAGGGUAACAGACCUUAUUUUAAGUGUUUCUAGAAAUUCCCUAUGGGGAAAAAUGAAUGGUGGAAAAACGAUUGAAACCAUUUCCAUGUUUGACCGCUAGGUUUUAUCGGUAUUGUGACACCUCCACUGUGGGGCCUUAUAGAAGGAAGCCUAUAGGGGUGUAACGGUUCACCAAACCCAUGGUUCGGUACAUAAUUGCGGUUUUGGUACAGAGGGGAAAUUAAAUGUUCAGCGUUCACAAUGUUCCUUGCUUUGUCUGUUGUGAACGGAUUGUUAUGUUGGGCCUCAGGUUUCCACUCUGACGCUGCGUUUAUAACCAUGUGUGUUUCCAGUUGAGAAGUCGUCAAUACCAUUUGGAUGCAUUCAUGUGAUUUGAACUCGUUGAGAAACGCUGAUUGGCUAAUGGCCAACCAUAAACUAAAAGUACAGCUAUCAUAUGCUUGUAAACAAAUUAUAGAGUUCAAAAACCACAUUAAUAGAUUGCUUUUUAUAAAAUGAUGUUUUGUUGCAUUUAACUGCUGAGAAUUCUGUUAUAAAGGCCAUUUUCCUUAGUAGGUGACAUCCGAGGUCACCAUGUGGGAUAAGUGGGUGCUCAGGAUGAUAGAUGAGUUUACCAGUAGUAAUUAGCAGUUUGAGGGCCAUUUCAAGUGGAUUUUCCCCAGUCUUACGUGGUAAAUUCCCAUUUCCUACUUUGUUACGAAAGCACCUCCUUCAGGGCCAGAUGCGCACUUGUGACGUGUCUUUAGCACGGUACAUUGACUGCUUUGAUUUGUUUAUAUAGGGCGGGUACUACCUGUUUGCUGAAAUGGGUGCAAGAGGGAAGUUCGUAACGUCGCUCGAGCACUUUCACAAGGUGCUGAAACCCCCAAAAAUGGGCGCAUAUCCGUGGCAAUAAACCAAAAACUAUAAAAAAAUAUAUAUAUAAACAUAGCCUACCUAUUGCUCUUGUAAUUUCUUUGGCCCAGUCAGAAUCAGUUGCCAAGGGCUGCUUGAACGCAGAGGGGAGACGAUGUUGUUUCUUUGCGUUUCUGUCUCGCUCUGGUAUACUGGGGUGAUGUCGGCGUAAAUGUGUCAACUUGAGGUGUUGGCAGCUGCAUAGGCUAUUCUCAUUUUUACAUUUUACAUUUACAUUUUAGUCAUUUAGCAGACGCUCUUAUCCAGAGCGACUUACAGUUAGUGAAUACAUAUUUUUUUAUACUGGCCCCCCGUGGGAAUCGAACCCACAACCCUGGCGUUGCAAACGCCAUGCUCUAUCAACUGAGCUACAUCCCUGACGGUCAUUCCCUCCCCUACCCUGGACGACGCUGGGCCAAUUGUGCGCCGCCCAUGAGUCUCCCGGUCGCGGCCGGCUGCGACAGAGCCUGGAUUCGAACCAGGAUCUCUAGUGGCACAGUUAGCACUGCGAUGCAGUGCCUUAGACCACUGCGCCACUCAGGAGUACAUUCUCGUUGUGCGUGGCGACAUACUGUUAACGUUUUAUCCACAACACUGUCCAUCGCCGUUGUAAUCUACUGGGAAGCCAACAUUUUCCCAAACUGGAGAUUUAAACGAUGAUGAAGGAUCCUCCAAUUCUGGUUUAUCGACCACAUCCCAUCUUACAGAACUAGUUCCCGGCUGCGCCUCACAAAAGGACGGUUUGAAAUGCACCAGUUAAGAUUAUAAUUUUGAUUACAACGUGAGCAUAGGCUCUAGUUCAGGGGUCAACUAGAUUCAGCCGUGGGACUAUUUGUUUCUUGAGCGGAUGGUCAGCGGGCCGGAACAUAAUUACAAAUCAUUUGUAGACAGCAAAUUGGCCGCAAGAAGCCCAAACAGAUAUAAUAUUUUACUAAAACAUAAUAAUGUCAAACCGUGCUUACAUUUGCAUACAAUCACAAACAGUACGUCUCUCUCUUAUGCGUGGGAAUAGUUAGGAACAGAUUUCCAAAACGGAAAAUCACUUGGAGCUUAUUUGUUGGUGUUUUUACAAUCUUUUAUGUCCAACAAUGAAACAUUUUUUUAAAUAAAAUGACCUGCGGGCCGCCAGUUGGGGAAACCUGCGGUAGUUGUUUUAACGGAAUAGCCUGGAAUGUUUGUUUUUUUAGCUCAGAUUUACUCAAAAGGGCAUAGGCCUACAACUCAGUGUAGGCAGAGCCUAUUGACCUUUGUUUCAUUUUGUAAAUAUAAUUAUUUGAUGUAUUCAAUGGGGUUCGCAGUGAGGACCGUACAGUGGUCCAGUACUGAAUACCCAUAGAAACCUGCUAUCUCAGCGUUCUGAACAGCGUUUGUGAUCCCUGCUGUUUAUGAGAUAUAAUCGCCUGUAAGAUGAGAAACAGUUUAAUGACAUGGUCCGGUACUUUCGCGACUAAAAGUAUUUUUUAAACCUACGGCUUUGGGCUGGAUGUGUCCAAUGUGUAUUUCAUACAUGCAUAAUCUAUGAGCAGAAUUACUGGCUUGAAGCUGUGCCGUACAAUUUUCUCUACAUUUCCACGUGGCCCAGCCCCCUUGCAAAUUGAGUUCUAGCCAAUGAACUUCAGCCCCUCUAAUUUGAGUGACAGCUAGCAAGAGGCCUGUCCAGCGUUAUCCAAUGAGGUUACAGGGCGGGCCCAACGGAGGGAGAGAGAGAGAGAGAGAGACGUGACGUAGUAUGCAAUUUUCAGGGACCACUUUUGGCUUCUUUCAGAACUACUGGCUAAAAAGUAUACAAAAGUAGCAGAGAAUCUCUUUAAUUAUGAAGUAUUCCUAAUAAUCUAUUCUCAGCUCUGUUUAUCUUUGUAGAGAGAGAAGUGAAACUUGUCUGGCAGAGGUCGUCCUCAGCUGCUGUGGCCAAACUUAGUGAUCAGUUACACUGUUUAAACACACCUAGUUAGCUAGCUACAGCUGAUUCUGUGGGCGCGGCAGCAGUGUGUGUGUGUGUGUGUGUGUUCUUGCCAAGUGCAGUUGAUGCAACAGAUAGACUUUUGAUAGAGGAGAGAGUGAGGAAGUAAAUAUAUCCCAGAUUACGUGACAGUGUUGGAAACUAUUGACUCCAGCCUCCCAACGUACAAGAAACAACAGGAUGUUUUAAAUGCCAUAUUAGUAGAAAAUGAUGAGCGACAUGACCCCAAUUUGACCCCAGAAAGACCGCAAAGGAACCUGCAAGGUAGCGUUUAGUUGUACAUUUGUAUACCAUGUGUAUCCUGUACAUACGAAACUAGAUUUUAACAUUGAGCAUGACUGGAAGAUCUGUGGUUGCGAUUUGCGCUACCGGGAUAUGAUUAAACCAACUGCCGCCUUAGUGAGGUGGUGGUUUCUCUUUGAGUAUGAGCUAACACCCCCCCCCCCCCCCACCUAUUGACUGUGUAUAGAUAAGUCACGUAUGCAUACCAGAAAGCAUACUCAACAUUUUAACAAGAUGUGGGGUCAGAAUAUUAGACCCUGGCUGAGUGAUGUAGUUUUAUUCAAGCAGCCUAAAUAUUAGACCCUGGCUGAGUGAUGUAGUUUUAUUCAAGCAGCCUAAAUAUUAGACCCUGGCUGAGUGAUGUAGUUUUAUUCAAGCAGCCUAAAUAUUAGACCCUGGCUGAGUGAUGUAGUUUUAUUCAAACCUUUUGAGAUGUAGCCUAAAUAUUAGACCCUGGCUGAGUGAUGUAGUUUUAUUCUAACCUUUUGAGAUGUAGCCUAAAUAUUAGACCCUGGCUGAGUGAUGUAGUUUUUAUUCAAACCUUUUGAGAUGUAGCCUAAAUAUUAGACCCUGGCUGAGUGAUGUAGUUUUUAUUCAAACCUUUUGAGAUGUAGCCUAAAUAUUAGACCCUGGCUGAGUGAUGUAGUUUUUAUUCAAACCUUUUGAGAUGUAGCCUAAAUAUUAGACCCUGGCUGAGUGAUGUAGUUUUUAUUCAAGCAGCCUAAAUAUUAGACCAUGGCUGAGUGAUGUAGUUUUACAUUUUAGUCAUUUAGCAGACGCUCUUAUCCAGAGCGACUUACAGUUAGUGAAUACAUAUUUUUUUAUACUUGCCCCCCGUGGGAAUCAAACCCACAACCCUGGCGUUGCAAACGCCAUGCUCUAUCAACUGAGCUACAUUCCCUCCCCUACCCUGCCGGCCAUUCCCUCCCCUACCCUGGACGACGCUGGGCCAAUUGUGCGCCGCCCAUGAGUCUCCCGGUCGCGGCCGGCUGCGACAGAGCCUGGAUUCGAACCAGGAUCUCUAGUGGCACAGUUAGCACUGCGAUGCAGUGCCUUAGACCACUGCGCCACUCAGGAGUUUUAUUCAAGCAGCCUAAAUAUUAGACCAUGGCUGAGUGAUGUAGUUUUAUUCAAGCAGCCCAAAUAUUAAAGAUGCACUAUGCAGAAAUGUGUGGUCCUCUGUAGCUCAGCUGGUAGAGCACGGCGCUUAUAACGUCAAGGUAGUGGGUUCGAUCCCCGGGACCAUCCAUACACAAAAAUGUAUGCACGCAUGACUGUAAGUCGCUUUGGAUAAAAGCGUCUGCUAAAUGGCAUAUUAUUAUUAUUUAUUAUUAAAUUGCUCCGCCAUUUCCUGGUUGCUACAAUUCUAAUAGUUUGCCGAAUUUCAGUUUGUGACAAAACAAGCAAGUAUAGUGUAGAGAAUCAUUGUAUCAUCGAAACCGCUGUGAAAUAUAUUUUCCAUAACUAAAAUUAUUGUAUUUUCAGCAGUUUGAAGCUCGUGCACAAAACCGAAAGUAAAAAAAUUAAAAAAUAAUUAAGAACAGGAAGCAUAGAAAUAGCGCACAUAGAACAGAUCUACCGCUUCUUAGACUUGCUUUGAAUGAGAAUGACAGAUCUAUAAGUAAACAUUUCUAUGUGAAUUUGAUCGGGUCACCCAAAAAGUUAUAUAUUGCAAGCUUCAACAAAUAGGGCACCACAGUUCUCUGUAAUAAUAAUGAUAUAAUACUUUGGUUAUAUUUGUCCUAUUUCACACAUGUACAAUGUAUUUAUAUACACGUUUGAUUUGGAAAUGUGUUUUUGGAAUAUACCAAAUCCCUGUGAAACACCCUUGGAGAGUGGGGUCACAGCCAGGGUCAGCCAUUAUCAAUGGCGACCUUGGAGCAGUGCCUUGCUCAAGGGCAUAUUGACAGAUUUUUCACCUUGUCAGCUCUGGGAUUUGUAUUUGCGACCUUUCAGUUACUGGCUCAACACUCUAAUGGCUAGGUGUGUUUAAACAGUGUAACUGAUCACUAAGUUUGGCCACAGCAGCUGAGGACGACCUCUGCCAGACAAGUUUCACUUCUUGCUUACACAAGCUUCCUGUUGGUAGUACCUUCAGACAAUCAAUAAAAGUGAUAUGGUCAGGUGUUUUUCUCCAACCACAUAACAUUACAACAGUCAUCAGACUACAAUUUAUAGCCUUAUUAGAGACUGACUGUGAGGAGUCUGUCUGAAGUAGAACUGUUAAUGUAUUAAUUACGCUGUCGUUGUAACUCCAUUGCUGACCUUUGCUCAGUCAAAACGCAUCAACAUCUGACAUGGUCCCCAGGGUGUCUGAUAUGCACUAUGGCUCUGCCCUUCACACCUUUUCUUACAUCAUUUACUGUGAUGAUGACUUGAUAUGCAAGUCUUGGUUGCAUCAUCAUGUGGAUCCUGUUAGCUCUGAUGUCCACCAGACCUGGGUUCAAUUACGAUUUUUAAAGUAUUUUUUAAAUACAUUUUAGCUUUUAUUUUUGGAUUGUCAGGCGGGCAGGGGUUUGAGACUCUCUUCUAAUGGUUCCAUUGCACCAGGCAAGCUCAAUCAAGCCAAGCUAGUAUAGUAUUUGAACCCAGGCCUGGUCACCAUGCCCUCAUCUGACCUUUAUCGUUCUCAUAGUUCAUUUUUCUCAUUCGUUCGUCACUGAAUUAGGUAAUUAGCUAAUUAAUUUUUUUUAGGACUGAGUUAAUUGGGUUUCUUUAUGAAACAAAACAGCCAUUUGUUGUCCUCAGUCCUGCUGGUCGAACUAUGACCAGAUUUCCAGGUUAGUUCAGGUUAAAUUUAUUUCCAUGCAUGAGAUUGUGUGUGUGUCCACUUCGAGCGGUGGGCGCAGAGAAAGGUUGGUAUGACUUGGAUCAGUUUCAGUGGUGUAACGUAACAUCGUACUGCUCAAUUGCUGGUCGGCACAUGAAAUAUGGGAAAAUUGAGAAUGGGGCUUGGAAUGGCUUGCUGACGAUGUGAUGUUGGCAGGCUUCAUCUUGUUCAGAGCACAAACACACCAUACUAUAAUAGUGUAUUAAUUGAGCGGUUUAAAAUGUAAAUGGGUAACAAGUAGGCUUGGGUGGUACCCAGAUUUUCAUAUAGUCAUACCGUCCUUCUCUUAUCCCGGGAUUUACCAUAUUACCGGCAUAGCACACAAGGGGGCGCUAAAAAACGCAAGAAAAGCCCAUUGGGCCUCUAUUACCAAAAAUGCUACCAAAAUUACACAGACGCUGUUAGCAAAUCCAGCUCAUAAAGUUAUACAUGCAUAGCUAGUGGCAACCGAAUGUUAUUUUCGGUGAGUGUGGACAUUUUACAAGUGAAAGUGAACGAGGUAAAUUGUGCAAAUGAACAAAGUUGUGAUGCAUGCUUUUCUGAAGGAAGAGCAGCAUGUGAACACGGAGCGGAGGGGAGGAGAACGGAGGAGGGGAAAAACGCUAGUAGGAAGCACAGGGACAAAAUGGCAGCUGUACAGAACUCAUCCAGAGCUCUUUGACUUCUGGCAGAAAGCCGUUAUAAGAUAUCUGAUGGCCAACAUUUAGUAGUGAAUUGCAUACUCAUGUGCACCGCACAACAGAGACUCACUGAUAGAUAUAGAACGCUAUGGACUCACCAACAGAGACUCACUGAUAGAUAUACAGUAGAACACUAUGGACUCACCAACAGAGACUCACUGAUAGAUAUAGAACGCUAUGGACUCACCAACAGAGACUCACUGAUAGAUAUAGAACGCUAUGGACUCACCAACAGAGACUCACUGAUAGAUAUAGAACGCUAUGGACUCACCAACAGAGACUCACUGAUAGAUAUAGAACGCUAUGGACUCACCAACAGAGACUCACUGAUAGAUAUAGAACACUAUGGACUCACCAACAGAGACUCACUGAUAGAUAUACAGUAGAACACUAUGGACUCACCAACAGAGACUCACUGAUAGAUAUACAGUAGAACACUAUGGACUCACCAACAGAGACUCACUGAUAGAUAUACAGUAGAACACUAUGGACUCACCAACAGAGACUCACUGAUAGAUAUACAGUAGAACACUAUGGACUCACCAACAGAGACUCACUGAUAGAUAUACAGUAGAACACUAUGGACUCACCAGCAGAGACUCACUGAUAGAUAUACAGUAGAACGCUAUGGACUCACCAGCAGAGACUCACUGAUAGAUAUACAGUAGAACGCUAUGGACUCACCAGCUUCCGCUUUCUCCUGUUGUGCUAUUUACAAAAAAACACACAUGGCUGGCUCAACUGUUCUGGGGAACUACGGUAAGGUUCAUAAUGUAAAAUAAUGUGACAGGUGAAAUGAAGAACGCAACCUGCUUCAUCUCCUAACGUAUUACACAAGUUGACUGCAGGUAUUCACUUUAAAAAGUUGCUACAAAUAUUCAAAUGUAUUGAAAAACCAUCCCGUAUUCUUAUUCCAAAUCCCACAGUACACCGCCCGAGCAGGUUCUAAUAUUACCACUAGAACACUGAGUAAAUGCAUUCUGGAAAUAGAUUUACAUAGUGCGGAAUACAUUUUAGUCAUUUAGCAGACGCUCUUAUCCAGAGCGAUUUACAGUUGGUGAGUGCAUACUUUUUUUUUUCUUCUCAUACUGGCCCCCCCGUGGGAAUCGAACCCACAACCCUGGCGUUGCGAACGCCAUGCUCUACCAACUGAGCUACACGGGGACUACAUAGGAAUAAAAGUCCCAUUCUUAAAGUGAUUUCAUGCAAUGAUCAUACAGGGGAAAAACUAAGGGGACGUGACAGACUGGCAAACUGAUGUUACAUUUCUCAAUUGCUUAAAAUUAGAUCAAUGUUAGGGGUUAAGGUUAGGGUCAGUUUCAAAUCAAAUCAAAUUUUAUUGGUCACGUACACAUAUAUUUAGCAGAUUUUAUUGCGUGUGUAGCAAGAUGCUUGUGUUCCUAGCGCCAACAGUGCAGUUUUAGGUUUUGAUGUCGGGAUGUCUGUCAGUCACGCCCCUUUUUAGUCUCACCGUGAUCAAACAAUGGCUUUAGAUUCUAUAGUUUUCUAACAUUUUGUCCUUCAUUCUCCUUGCAGCCAAACAGGUGACGUCAGGACUCUGGUGUUUCCUGUGCUGUACCUCAAUGAGGUAAGCUGGGCUUGGUCAUUCAUUCACAUAAUGUAUAUGCUGUUGAUCUUCUUUGUGUCUACUGGCAGACUGACAACACUUCUGAUGGCCCUGCAUAUAGCUUCAUUUCGUUCAGUUCCCCUUCUACUGUUGUUUUCCAAGUUGUUUUUGGGCGUCCACGUUUGUGUAAUGUACUAAUGUUGUUCAUUAGUUAAAUCACAUGCCAAACUAUCUGAAUAAGCGAUUGUUCCCCCACUAGGUCAAAAGUAAAUAGGAUCCAAAAACAUAAAUAGAAUGACGUGUGGCUCACAACAAUGCUUAACGUUUCUUAGAUGAGGAAACAUGAUACACGCUCAGCAAGGAAUGUCCUUUAACCUUACGCCAGUUAUCUGGAGCAAAGGUAACUGAAAAGCAAACCACUCCUGCAUCAGGCUUCAUAUCAGGAUUAUCACAGUACGGCAAGGUGACCAAAGCUGUCAUAAACUGUCAUAACAUGUUUAUGACAACCUUAUGUAGGCCUAGACACUCUGUGUCACUUUAGGAACUAAGAAGGUUCACCAUCAGUGCAGUCUCAUCAAUGCUAGUAUGAACUGUAGAAGAAACAUAUUUGAACAGAGGGGUUUUAGAUGGAGCUAACUUCCUUUUUAAAAGAGACCUCUUGAUAAGUUAAAAUAGAAAUCAACAACUAUUAAAGGGAUACUUCUAGAAGGACGUUUUGAAUCGGUCAGUAGCCUAGAGAGUUAUAUGAGAAGAGUAGAGUAUACACUAGAUUACCAAAAGUAUGUGGACACCCGCUUGUCCAACAUCUCAUUCCAAAAUCAUGGGCAUUAAUAUGGAGUUGGUCCCACCUUUUGCUGCUAUAACAGCCUCCACUCUUCUGGGAAGGCUUUCCACUAGAUGUUGGAACAUUGCUACGGGGACUUGCUUCCAUUCAGUCACAAGCAUUAGUGAGGUCGGGCGAUUAGGCCUGGCUCGCAGUCGGUGUUCCAAUUCAUCCCAAAGGUGUUUGAUGGGGUUGAGGUCAGGGCUCUGUGCAUUUCUGCAUGCUUUGUGUAUGGGGGCAUUGUCAUGCUGAAACAGGAAAGGGCUUUCCCCAAACUGUUGCCACAAAGUUAGAAGCACAGAAUCGUCUAGAAUGUCAUUGUAUGCUGUAGCGUUAAGAUUUCCCCUUCACUGGAACUAAGGGGCCUAGCCCGAACCAUGAAAAACAGUCCCAGACCAUUAUUCCUCCUCCACCAAACUUUACAGUUGGCACUCUGCAUUGCGGCAGGUAGCGUUCUCCUGGCAUCCACCAAACCCAGAUUUGUCCGUCGAACUGCCAGAUGGUGAAGCGUGAUUCGUCACUCUCCAGAGUCCAAUUGCGGCGAGCUUUACACCACUCCAGCCGACGCUUGGCAUUGCGCAUGGUGAUAGCUUGUGUGCAUGAAGCUCCCAACGAACAAUUCUUGUGCUGACGUUGCUUCCAGAGGCAGUGUUGCAACCGAGGAAUUACGAUUUUUCACAUGCUACGCGUUUCAGCACUCGGCGGUCCCGUUGUGUGUCCUACCACUUUGCGGCUGAACAGUUGCUGCUCCUAGACGUUUCCACUUCACAAUAACAGCACUUACAGUUGACCGGGGCGGCGCUAGCAGGACAGACAUUUGACGAACUGACUUGUUGGAAAGGUGGCAUCCUAUGACGGGUGCCACGUUGAAAGUCACUGAGCUCUUCAGUAAGGCCAUUCUACUGCCAGUGUUUGUCUAUGGAGAUUGCAUGGCUGUGUGCUCGAUUUUUAUACACCUGUCAGCAACGGGUGUGGCUGAAAUAGCAGGAUCCACUCAUUUGAAGGGGUGUCCACAUUAUUUUGGGAAUAUGUUGUGUGUUCUAAACAGUGUUUUGAUAACGGUGAAGUGUAACAGUUCCAUGUAGAAUAAACCAUCCUUCAUAAAUACUGUACAAGCAGUGUUCUUCUAAUAUAACAAUGUGCAAAUAUUACACUUUUAUAUAUCCUGUAGGGUGUCCUCUAUAAGACAGGAGUUCCCUGACAUGUUUGAAGAAUACACAGGGUCCCCCACCUCCCACUAUAUUAAAUAAUAACAAAAGACGUUGAAAAGUAAUAGAUGUGUCUUGUAUCAUUUUAAUGCUGAGUGCAAGGUCUCUCCCAGUUCAGACUUCUGCAUCAACCUGACUUUUCAGUCAGAGGACAGUUCAAAAGCAUCUCUUCUGUCCAUCUGUAGAAAAAAAUGAGGAAGGGUUGAUUUGACACAUGCUUUGUAAUGGUGAUAAAACUAAAACUAAACACUUGUGAUUUUUACUGGCUUUAUUAGUAAUCACCUUUCCUCCCAUCUGCGGUGCCGGCGUCCGAUAGGCUUAGAUCAGCUCCAGGCCCCUCUCGUUACAGAUACUGGUCAUGAAGGAGCCUGACUUCGGCUCCUAUAUCACAGAGGGAGGGAGGGAAAGACUGACUAUCACCAUACAGUCAUGGAAGCCAACAGUAAAUACACGGUUGAACAUAGCCAAUCAAACAAGGGACACGUGCCAGCAUGGCACUGACUAGUUGGCAUUACUCACUCUGGGUUCAGGAGUAGUCCAUUGGCAGAGUUACAAUGCACAUAUACACACAGCACUGAUUCAAUGGUGUUUAGGUGAAUUCCAGGACAGAUAGUAUUUUGACCGUUGACCAUAUCAAAUGUGACAAACCUCCAUUUGAAGUGUCCUCCAAUACUCUGAAGUGGUGUCUGGCCACUGCCUAUGCCAUCUGUAGCAGCUCCUGAUAUGGUAGGGGGGGUUCCCACAACGCUGCUGAACAACAAGUCCACCAGGUUUUGCAAGUAGCUUGUGAAUUAAAUAAAAUAUAAUCGCUCAAUAAACAUAGCGAGAGGGCCUCCCGAGUAGCUGUGCCACUAGAGAUCCUGGUUCGAGUCCAGGCUCUGUCGCGACCGGGAGACCCAUGGGGCGCACAAUUGGCCCAGCGUCGUCCUGGUUAUGGGGAGGAUUUGGCCGGCGGGGAUGUUCUUGUCCCAUCGCACACUAGUGACUCAUGUGGCGGUCCGGGCGCAGUGCACGCCGACUCGGUCGCCUGGUGUUCGGCGUUCCCUCCGACACAUUGGUGCUGCUGGCUUCCGGGUUAAGCGGGCACGUGUGUCCAGAAGCAGUGCGUCUCGGUUGGGUUGUGUUUCGGAGGACGCUCGUGUCCGUACGGAAGAUGCAGCGAUGGAAUAAGACAGUAACUACUUCCAAAACAAAAUCCACUUUUAAAAAAAUAAACAUAGCGAGAAAAAUAACUAUUUUGUUUGGAAGUAAAAUGUAUAUGCUAAUAGAAUCAAAUCAAAAGUGUAUUGGUCACGUACACGGAUUUGCAGAUCUGGUGCAAAUCCGUGUACGGAUGUUGUUUUGGGUUGGCAGAAGAAGCCCCGAAUGCUAGCUACCUAACUUACAAAUCCGGGUUAGUUUUAUAUAUUUUGUCUGCGUUUAAAUUAUUUGGCUUGCUAGCUAACGUUAGCUAGCCAGUUCGCUUUGAAACAUUAUUAAAGCAAGCUGGCUAAAUCUUAUUAUUAACUAGCAAGCUAGUAUCCAAGUGCCUGGCCUUUACUGGCCCUUAAUGCCAAUGGGCUACAGUUAGCUGUUAUUAGCAAGGUAGUUAGCUAACGUGAGCUAUGCACAUCUUCCUCUAUGCUACAUCACAUUACACGUUAGCUUGAUGUACACUGCUCAAAAAAAUAAAGGGAACACUUAAACAACACAAUGUAACUCCAAGUCAAUCACACUUCUGUGAAAUCAAACUGUCCACUUAGGAAGCAACACUGUUUGACAAUACAUUUCACAUGCUGUUGUGCAAAUGGAAUAGACAACAGGUGGAAAUUAUAGGCAAUUAGCAAGACACCACCAAUAAAGGACUGGUUUUGCAGUUGGUGACCACAGACCACUUCUCAGUUCCUAUGCUUCCUGGCUGAUGUUUUGGUCACUUUUGAAUGCUGGCGGUGCUUUCACUCUAGUGGUAGCAUGAGACGGAGUCUACAACCCACACAAGUGGCUCAGGUAGUGCAGCUCAUCCAGGAUGGCACAUCAAUGCGAGCUGUGGGAAGAAGGUUUGCUGUGUCUGUCAGCGUAGUGUCCAGAGCAUGGUUGCGCUACCAGGAGACAGGCCAGUACAUCAGGAGACGUGGAGGAGGCCGUAGGAGGGCAACAACCCAGCAGCAGGACUGCUACCUCCGCCUUUGUGCAAGGAGGAGAAGGAGGAGCACUGCCAGAGCCCUGCAAAAUGACCUCCAGCAGGCCACAAAUGUGUCUGCUCAAACGGUCAGAAACAGACUCCAUGAGGGUGGUAUGAGGGCCCGACGUCCACAGGUGGGGGUUGUGCUUACAGGACAUUUGGCAUUUGCCAGAGAACACCAAGAUUGGCAAAUUCGCCACUGGCGCCCUGUGCUCUUCACAGAUGAAAGCAGGUUCACACUGAGCACACGUGACAGACGUGACAGAGUCUGGAGACGCCGUGGAGAACGUUCUGCAAAUGUAUUAAAAAUAUAAAACUGAAAUAUCACAUUUACAUAUCUUUAAUGUUACAACUUCGCUUUUUCGGCUGGUGGAAGUCCUGUAGAACCAUGUCCAGAUAAAGGGUCCUGUAGAACCACGUCCAGAUAAAGGGUCCUGUAGAACCAUGUCCAGAUAAAGGGUCCUGUAGAACCACGUCCAGAUAAAGGGUCCUGUAGAACCAUGUCCAGAUAAAGGGUCCUGUAGAACCACGUCCAGAUAAAGGGUCCUGUAGAACCACGUCCAGAUAAAGGGUCCUGUAGAACCACGUCCAGAUAAAGGGUCCUGUAGAACCACGUCCAGAUAAAGGGUCCUGUAGAACCACGUCCAGAUAAAGGGUCCUGUAGAACCACGUCCAGAUAAAGGGUCCUGUAGAACCACGUCCAGAUAAAGGGUCCUGUAGAACCACGUCCAGAUAAAGGGUCCUGUAGAACCAUGUCCAGAUAAAGGGUCCUGUAGAACCAUGUCCAGAUAAAGGGUCCUGUAGAACCAUGUCCAGAUAAAGAGUCUGGGGUGAAAAAGUUGAAUGAACAAAGUAGAGUGAGGAGAUAACUAAGACGUUGUUAAAUGUAUUUAAAUACAGAUUUAGAUUAAAUGGUUAUUAAAAACCUAAAAGUUUGGCAGGUAGCCAAGUAGUCCGGAAGUUGUGACUUUUUUACCACAAUCUCUGUGGAUUUGUCAGCAGGAUAUCAUAGGUUAUCUGACACACACACACACACUUGAUCAUGUUGUUGUUAGCAAAUCGCCUGACCAGUUAUAAAAACUCAACUCUGCCUCAAUAUAAGAGAACAGAGUUGAGCGUUCCUCAGCUAUUUAACUCUUUACCUGUUACCUCAUACAUGUUACACGUUAGCCUGCAUAUAUAAUACAUUAUGAUCCAGUUGUAAUGCAUGGUAUGACUUGACAUAAGCAUGUAUGACCCCCUUAUCUCUUCUCUUCUCCCCACAGAGUGUUGUGAUCGAUGAGGUAUCGGCCAAACAGCUGCAGGUGAUCGUGGCGGAGGGCAACGUAGUGGUCAACAUACCCUUUAUGCUGAUUGGCUUCGGCAUCCUCCUGGGCGUGGUCUUCAUGGUGCUCCAGUGUCGUCAAAGGAUCCCAGAG